UCUUGACAUCUGUCAGUUGUCACUUUUUGCUGUUCAGCGUGUGUUGCGAAUUUCCUUGCCAUAUUUUCAAGAAAGUUCUACCUAUAUUAUCAAAAGUAAUAAUGAAUACUAAAUAGUCAUUAUUCAUCAUGUAGCAUAAAUAACACCAACGCCAAGGAUUACUCUUCAUCAAAAAACUGUACUAUAUGAGUCGCCUCCAUGUGUAAGUCUUCAAAAAUGGUUUCCAGCAGUACACGGGUGAUACAAGUCACCAAUAUUGCUCCCCAAGCUACCAAAGACCAAAUGCAAACGUUGUUUGGUUACUUGGGGAAGAUUGAUGACAUUCGAUUGUAUCCGACGAUAAGAGACGUGUCGUGCCCGGUGCAGUCCCGAAUCUGCUACGUGAAGUACUACGAUGCGGCGACGGUGAACGUCGCCCAGCACAUGACGAACACGGUGUUCAUAGAUCGUGCUUUAAUCGUCAUACCUAUGCAAUCUGGUGAAAUUCCAGAUGAGCAUAAAGCGCUAGAAAUGUCCAGUAAUGGAACUUUAGUGCCAGGUUUAAAUUCGGUGGAGCCGCGCCUGCCAGCUCACGUCGUUAAUUCUCUGGAGGGCAUGCCGCCGAAUCAAGUCAUACAAACAUAUGAUCCUAAAAUGGCGGCAGCUGGAUUGCCACCUUACCCUCCCAUCCCAGCUGCAUAUGAUUCACGCAAGAUAGAGGAGAUUCGAAGAACGUUACUAGUAAUCAAUGUGGGUGAUCUGACUCAUCAGCAGUUGGUCGAUCAUUUCUGUCAGGCUGGGGAGGUAGCAUACUUACGCUUUUGUGAACGGGAUGCUGAUAAACUAAAGUAUGCAUUGGUUGAAAUGACGGAACAAGAGAGUGUGUUGAAAGCUUUACAGUUAAAUGACACCACAGUCGAAGGACAAACUAUAAAGGUACAUCAUGCAACCCAGGCAAUUUGCAAACCUCAAACAAAGAGUAAUGAGGCCGCCCAGCGUGAGAUUGAAGAAGCAAUGUGCCGAGUGAAAGAGGCACAGAACUUAAUCUCUGCAGCGAUUGACCCAGUAAUUGGACUGUUAUCAAAGGACAAACGGAGGACUCGUUCCCGCUCUCGUUCGAGACGCCGUUCCCGCUCGAGGCACCGCGGCAAGCGCUCACGAUCCCGCUCCAGACAUCGCUCCAGACGGUCUCGAUCUAGGAACCGACAUCGUACCAGAUCUCGCUCUCGCCACCGCAGUUCCAGACGUUCAAGAUCUAGAUCACGACAUCGCACUUCGAGAUCUAAGCGUGAUAAAUCCCGUGACCGUGACCGCGAUCGCGACCGUGACCGUGAUCGUAAAGAUAAGAAAGACUCUGACAAAGACAAAGAAAAAAGUGAAAAACCCAAAUCGCCACCCAAAGAGGAGAAAGAACAAGAGCCCAAAGUUGAAAUUGUCGAAUCUGAGACUAACGGAGUGAGCUCCGACACUAAAUCUAAAGCAUCAUCACCAACCGAAGAGAAAGAAAAGGUAGAACCGGAGAAAGAAAAGGAAAAAGAAGUGAAAGAGAGGUCGCCCUCAAAGAAGAGGGAACGAUCCCGUACCAAGGAAAGGGAUAGAGACAGGAAACGCGAUCGGUCGCGCUCCAAACGACGAUCCAGAUCCAAAUCUAGAAGGAAGCGAUCCAGGUCUAGAAGGAGAUCACGCUCUAAAGACCGAAAAAGGUCUCGCUCUAGAGAAAGAAAGAGGUCGAGAUCGCGCAAACGGACUCGGUCCAGGGACAGGAAAAGAUCUAGAUCGAGAGAUAGGAAGCGCUCUAGAUCUAGGGACAGAAAAAGAACCAGGUCAAGAGAAAGGAAACGUUCGCGGUCUAGAAGCCGCAGAUCGAAAAGCCGGUCCAUCAGAGACUCGAAAACGCCGCACGACAGAAAGUCGCGGGAUAUAACUCCGAGCCUUCCCACGGUUAUUGAGGAAAAAAAUUCUUCCAUUGUUGAAAAUGCGUCCCCUGAAUUGGGAAAUGAAAAGAAUUCUCCAGACAACAUGGAUAUUUCCAAUUCGCCCUAGAUUUAAAGUUACCGACUUCAUGAAAUAGUUCAACAAGUUAUUUUUUUAAUGUGCUGUUUGUAUAAUUUGCUUGAUUGUUCUCAUUUUGCAUAACUAGUGUUUUUCGCAUAGUAUAAUUAAGUAAUAAAUCAAUUUAAUAAUA